UGGAUCCCAUCCACUUCGUUUGUAGACGUCAACCCUGAUUGGAACCCACCCAACAACCUCUAGCUAGGUCUGUGAGAAAAUCAGGCAUAACCAGAGGCUCCUCCAAUCCUUCAACCAGUGGGAUUAAUUGGAGACACAACACUCUUCGGCCGCGUCCCUCUCGACCCAAGCGAUCGUAUGGAGCCGCUCGGAGGCGGGAAGAUUGGUGAUUGUUGGACACCAGAGGCAGAGAACGGGUUGUCCCUCAAGCUUGAGGGUACAGGUUUCCCGACGGUGGUGGCGGGAAGCCUUGGGACGGGAACAGUGCCGUUGGCUAUGGAGAUUGGUUAUUCUCCUGGCACGACCAUCCAUUCAUUGUAGUAUAGUAGAGGGUAUUUCCACUUGUCAAUGGGCGACUCCGGUUCGAUCCUUGGCAAUGGUGUUUUUAAACACAAACUUGACACACUAUGAUAUCUUUACCCAUCAAGAAUAUGUUUAUCAUUUAAAUUUAUUUCUAACAAAAAAAAAAAAUUUGUUGUGUGAUGAUGUAAUAGUUAAAUAAUAGAGUAAUUUAUUCUUACUUUUAUUGCAGGACAUAUCUAUCUUGCCCUCUUAUAUUCUCUCAUGAAAUUUUGUUGCACGACCUAUUGUGAUGGACUGUAAUAAAAUUUUAAAAAA